CGCUCCAGCUGUCACCAUGGGCAACCCGCGUCCACCGUAACCGUAACCGACUCUCUAGCUACCGCAGUGCUCGGCAGUUUCUCAGUGUCCAACAGUCCACUAAAACAGAGUUUAUACACCGUGUCCGACCCGCCUGAGCUCUCCUCUACAGAGCUAACAUGACAGUUCGCUUUAAGGGAAUCACUGAGUAUCAGAAUAAGUACAAGGCUCGAGCGAGGCGGGUGAAAAGCGCGCCACCGCAGCGCAGGAUGCGAUUGGCUGGAGUCCGCUCUGACCAGCUGGGAAUAAGCAGAGAACCUCAGUUCCAGUCCAAGAGAAGGGUACCCUUCUAUCCACCACAAGUAUCUAGUUCUCUACAGUGGAGAGAUUCAGCUGGUUCAUUAAGGCAGCAGGAGAUAGCCAGGCCUGGUAACCCCCCAGCUUCGGUCCAUGUGACACGGACCAGCAGUCCAGAGAAGGUAGAGACCCCUCUGGCCCCAAGAACAUCAAAACCACAGAGGGCAAAGAAAACAAGCCAACACGUUGAAUCUGUUUCAUGCUCUCAAGUGAGAAGUCCUUCUGCUGACCAGCAGGAACAGGAACAUCCUUCGAAUGGGUUAAAUUACGCUCUAAGGAAGAAGGCAGGUCUGAGGACAGCACGCCAGAGGAAUGGCCGCCAGAAUUCAGAGUACCAAAGGCAGUUUCUGUGGAAAACUCCAGCAAAUGAAUCUCCUCUUCUUGCAGCACAACAGAUGUUGUACACCAGUAACAGGUCAAUCCCACCAUUCAAGUUUAAUCCAGUAGAAAUUGAGACAGAGUAUAAGAGGAACUUUAAAGGGUCUCCUCCACACAGACCCCCACGCUUACGACGAGAUGUGGAAUUAAAUGAGCUUCCUGAGAAUAUCUCUUCUAAGCAGGAGCGGGAAAAAAAGAGGGAGCAGCGUCUCUCAAGGAAGCCGAGAUCCAGAGAAGAUUCUCAUCCAGAGCCACAGCCUGUGCAGCAGGAAGUGACAUCUUCUCAAAAAGAUAGUUCACCUAAGGUCCUGAGGAAAGUAAAGACGGAAUAUACCUCAAAUUUCCGCUCUCCCCUGCAAUACCGCUACAAAGAUGGAGCCUGGAUCCGGUCCAGGGUUUCAGGAGAGGAGGGACACGAGUGGUAUCACGAGGUGCAAGAUUUGCGGGCGAAGGCAGAUGCCUACAGGAAACGGGCCUGGGGAACACACUUCUCACGCCAACACCUCAGCCAGGUCAUAUCAGAACAGAACUGCCUGUGGGAGGCCUCCAGUGCCUCUUCAUCCUCCACUCUCACUGAACAGGACAGCCAUUCUCACAGCAGCCCCACCAUCGAGGCCUUGGACCUGGCCAGGGUGGAUAGUGUCAGGGGAAGCUGUAGUCCUGGGGCAUCUGUCUCCCUGUCAACUAGUAGGAGGAGCUCUUUUGAAGGUGUGGGGCUUUCCGACGGUCCCACCCUCCCUCUACAGAGGAAACAGGCAUGGGAUGAGGAAGAACGUCCUUAUGUGAACGGCGUGUCUGAAAUUAAGCCAUUGAGGGAGGAGCCACCUGUCCAGCAAGCAGAGGAGUCAGAUGAGGAAGAAGAUACAAAUGAGCAUUUGGAGGACAAAGGGGAGAAAUGCUCUGUUGAGGAGGGAAGGUUACCAACUCCCAAACUGAAAACCAUAAGGACUGUGCAGAGGACCCAUCAUGACCGCACAACUCCAACGAUAGGAGGCGCUGUCUUAGUUUCUCCACCAAAGACAAAGAAUUCCUCAAGGACAGCUCGGAGGAGUGAAGCACCACUUGGCAAAGUCCACUCACCUUUUAGACAUCUCAGCCAUGGCUCACCCCCACGAGCACACAGCAAGGCUGAGAACGGUAGCUUGCCCCGUUCUUCCCCUGCUGCAGGGUUAGCCACAAUUGACCCGCUUCCACUAAGAGACGACACAUGGGCUCGAGACUCUCCUGAACCAAAACCAGUCCGAACACCUCAGAGGCGAACUCUCAGUGCCACACUCAUAGCAACCAGCUCACCACGUGCCAACAGAAUCCAGGGUACACUGAGGAACCCAGAGUUCCAGCACAACGGUAACUUGGGGCUUCACCGGCCAGACCAAUUUGUCUUCCUCUCCAGCGAUUCUGGUGUAUCAGACAACGAUGACAGGAUGUCUCAGAUCUCGUCCAGGUCAGCAGCUUCUUGCUCCAUGGCGUCUGAGGUGCUGGACAGAGCCCAGAGGAGGAAAGAGGACUUCUGGGGAAAGACUUAAUCAGGAACAAUAAUCCUUCAGUGUGGAGACUAUAAAUCAGCAAUGUUUACUAUGUAGUGUAAUUUUUAAUGUGAGUGGACAUUGUGUGAACGUUUUGUACACAGUACAGAAUAUAGAUUUAUAAUGCAUUAUUGUUUUAUAUUUUGAUACUUUUAAAAUUGUGUGGUCAUGGCUAAAGUAUUCUGGUAUGGGCAAAGAUUUUUAACAAUGUACAUUUCUUCUUUGGCUUUUGUUUUUAAUAGUUUUAAUUGUAGAAAUAUGAAUCAUGCAAAAUAAAACAAAAAGCAAAUUCUGCACAUUUUACAAA